GUUGAUUUUGUUUUGUCCUGUGGAUACACCAAACUUGAGAAAUAUUUUAUUUAGUUUCUUAUGAUGAUCUCAUAGAAAACUAAGAUUUGAAAACAUUGCCAAUUCACUAUGUCUGAGAUUACUCUGAGAUAUCUUGACAUUGCAACUUAAUACGUUCUGGACUUUGCUUCAUGGUAAAGUUUUGUGCUUUAUAUGCAUUUCAGGUGCUUGCAGCUCUAGCUGAGACAAUGAAAAAGGGAACCAGCUUUGGCGCACCUUGUCUUCUGGAAAACACUCUGGCAGAGAUGGUUAUCGAUGCAGUUCCGAGCAUUGAAAUGGUUCGAUUUGUUAACUCAGGCACUGAAGCAUGCAUGGGAGUCCUCCGCCUGGCCCGUGCUUUUACUGGCAGGGAGAAGCUCAUCAAGUUUGAGGGCUGUUACCAUGGUCAUGCCGAUCCUUUUCUUGUUAAGGCUGGUAGUGGAGUUGCCACCUUAGGACUUCCUGACUCCCCUGGUGUUCCAAGAGCAGCCACUUUCGAAACCCUUACAGCACCAUUCAACGACUCAUCAGCCGUUGAGAAGCUCUGAGUCAACAAAGGAGAGAUAGCAGCAGUCAUCCUUGAACCUGUGGUUGGAAACUCUGGUUUUGUUGCUCCCAGACCUGACUUCCUUAAUUUCUUACGCAAAAUCACAAAGGAAAACGAUAGCCUCCUAGUCUUUGAUGAAGUUAUGACCGGAUUCCGUUUGUCUUAUGGUGGAGCUCAAGAAUAUUUUGGCAUUACUCCUGACUUAACAACUCUAGGAAAAAUCAUUGGUGGGGGUCUGCCAGUAGGUGCAUAUGGAGGGAGGAGAGAUAUUAUGGAGAUGGUGGCACCGGCAGGACCUAUGUACCAGGCUGGAACCUUGAGUGGCAAUCCUUUGGCCAUGACUGCGGGCAUACAGACUCUGAAGCGCAUUAAGGAGCCAGGAACCUAUGAGUAUUUGGAUAAAAUAACAGGUGAACUAAUUCAAGGUAUCAUUGAAGCUGGGAAGAGAGCAGGUCAUGCAAUAUGUGGCGGCCAUAUAAGGGGCAUGUUUGGGUUCUUCUUCACCGAAGGACCAGUCUACAAUUUUGCCGAUGCCAAAAAGAGUGACACGGCUAAGUUUGCUAGGUUCUAUUGGGGAAUGUUGGAAGAAGGUGUAUAUUUGGCACCAUCACAAUUUGAGGCUGGGUUCACCAGCUUGGCACAUACCUCUGAUGACAUAAAAAAGACUAUAGCAGCUGCUGAGAAGGUUUUAAGGCAGAUUUGAGUGUUGAAUUCUGCAACAUUGCUCUGAGUUUCUUGAAGGUCAAUUUUCUCGUUCCUGAAGGCUUGUUUAGCAAGUUAAUGUAGAGUAUUAUUUGAUGGUUUUGAUUCAGCCUGUAAUAUUUUUGCGUCAUGUAGCUUGUUAGUAUAUUAUUCUAAAUUGUAACUUUAUGCCUUUUCAGUUCGUAGUUAUAAGAGUUAGAAUUCUUUGCCUUA